AUCCUAAACGAAUCGAUUUUGAUUAAUGGAAAUGAAUUCAAUUGGCAUUUGGAGCAUCUGUAGCUUUUGGGCAUUAAAAUUUCAAUACGUUCUAUUGAUCGAUGAAGUACAGUUUGACCAAUAUGAGCGUUAUGUGUCAAGGUUUAAUGAUCUAGAUCUAGGAUCAAGAAGUGAAAGAGAUGAUUUAGAUGACCGUAGGGGAGGAUUAUUGAGUCAUGUGUAUGUAUUGGCCAAUGAUUUUACUGGUGCCUUGCUGAUGGAUUCAAAGAGGAUACCAAAAGGUUAUAUAACCACAGACGGCAAUGAUAUCGAUGAGAAAGCCAUAGAGGAUAAUUGGUUGGCAUAUCUGAGACAACAGCGCAUUCUUAUGAUGAUGGUCCUCUUCCUAAUUAUACUCAUGAUCCUGAUACCCCUCAUUGGAAUAUUCUAUUGCCUCUUUUGUGCCGAGGGUAGAAGGACUCCUUUGUCUGUUCUAUGUACAUUUCUAUGCUGGGGAUUGAUGAUGACCAUUGUGGUCAUUUUUAUGCUUUUCUUUCUAAUUUUCGCCCUAAUCGCGAGUGUGAAAUUGCAUAAUAAUUUAAACGAUGUGUUAACAAGAAGCAUCUGUGGAACGGGAAACUCUAGUGACUCGCCUCUACUAACAGCAGCCGAGGUGGUUAGAUCCACAUCGGAGCAUCUGCAUCAUUUGCAUGUAGAGAACUAUAAACAGUUUCAGCAACGAAUCGAACAGAUAUUGCAAAACGAACCACACAUCAUACAAUCCUUUAUUCGAACGGAAGCCAAUGGUGCAGCCAUCGAGAGAUUAAGCCAAAUUGUCGAUAAUCUACAGGACACGCAAUCUCUUUUUGCCAGACUUAAGGAUGAGGUACCCCAAGCACGACAUUUGGCCACUCAAUUUCGAGAUGCUCUACGCGAUGUUAAACGUCAUCUUAUGGUGACUCUGAUUAUGCAAUGUCCCUUUAACGAAUGUAAACAAUUUUACCGCAAACAUGCCAUUAGUUAUCUAGACAUGGGUUGUCUGCAUUACGAUUUGUUGCCUGACACUGAUGUAUUUAUCAUAUCGAUUCAAGGCCUUCUAAAUAACAAAUUGGUCGACUAUCCACGCAAUGCUUCAAACCAUCUAAAGCAGUUGUCGAGUGUGUUUAAGAAUCGCAUGAAUAAACUAAUCAAUACCAUUCAAGAGGAUGUCAACGAUGGCGGACAACAGUUGUUAAAGAAAAGCAAUAUGACAACGCAACUGUUGGAGAGACUUGUCGAAGAGCUCACUGCUCAGCCAACAAAACGACAGAAUGUGGUCAGAAUUCCACCCGUUAUAAAUUUGAGAAAUAAACUGGGCAAAUUCUGGUUCCAUAUCACCGUGGCAAUAAUUUUGAUAUUUUUGUUAGUUCCUGUCCUGUUCCUAUUCAGUUUUGUUCUAUAUCUGCAGAGUUCGCAAGCCUCUAGAAAUUGCCUCUGUUGCACGUUAGUGACAAUAUUUGUAUUGUAUUUUCUGGCCAUUAUGUUGACACUUUUCUUUCUCCUCCAUGGAGCAUUGUUGUGGCAUGGAUGUUGUAGCAGAAAAUUUAUAAAGUCAUCACCAGACUUGUCGCCGAAUAAAGUUCUCAAUCCGAAUAAAUACUUACCAGUUCGAUUUGCUCUUACUCAUCGAAUGCCCCAGAUGAGGGCAGAUGAGGCAUUUCAAAGAUGCCACAACACAAGCAACGAGAAUCUCUAUAAAUUAUGGCAAUUGGAAGAUCUGUUCAAUUUGUCCGGGCUCCGUGAAGAGGUGAUUGAGGAUGUCCGGAAUUGUUUGCAUGAGAUGGAAAAUAGUUCAUUGCCAGUGGAAUUGGGUGAAAUCCAUUCGCAGGCGGAAGCGGCUAUUCAUCAGAUGUUGAGCCAAAAGAAUCUUUCCAGCUAUGAUAGCAAGCGAUAUACCCGAUAUUUAUGCCGGCAAUUAAUACCGGAGCCGUAUCCAGGUCCAUUGCCGGAUUUCUGGAGGAGUCUCGAUAAUCUGGCUGGUCGUGUUCAGGGCAAUUCCACGCUGCGAAAUCAGAUUGUGAAUUUGCAGGCAUUUCAUCAGCAUUUAGGCAAACCAUUGGCCAAGAUUGUCAGUCAUAUGCUAGAUAUCUUGCAGAAAAUUGACCAACAUUUGUCCACCUCAAGUUCAGAUUCUGAUUCGGAUAUUGGCAAUUUUGGGAAAUCCAUGAGGCAUUUGCUUAAUGAGAUUAGAAUGGGAAACGAGUUCCUCAAGACGAAAGCCAAUGAUAUCACCAUAUCGACGGGUCGCAAUAUAAUGAAAUAUGUCGAUGAUAGUCUAACUAGCUAUAUUCAUAUGGUACGGAAUGUCACCGAGAAUGAUCUAAAUAGCUGCUCCCCAUUGAUGCGCAGUGAAACCCAAAAAAUGACAGAAUCCAGUGAUCUCUGUAAUAGAAUUGCCAAGCCCAUGAAUGCCAUUUGGUUUGGUCUCUUCAUUUUUUCAAUGCUGUUGCUUCCCUCCCUUUGCUGCAUUCACUUGAUGCGUUGCAAUUUGGAGCGAUUGAAUUAUAUAUACGAAUCAGAUCCUGAAAUGACAGUUAUCGAAGAGAAUUAUAUGCCCACCAAUUUGGUGGUGUUGCCACCGCCGCAAGUAUCGGCCUUGCCCCGCUGCUAUUGUCCCUAUCAUGUCAAUUUGCCCAUGGUGCCGGAAACUAAUGUCGAUCUUCUGCCGAUGGAAAUCUAUGAGAAUCAACUUGUUAAACCCAAGCGAGAGUAGUCUUCUGUCAGUUAUCUCAAUUUAUAUACAUAUAUAUUUUUGUGUUUUUUCUAUCAAUUUACUAAUAAACAAACAAAACAGAUAUGAAGUUACUUUGGCAGUUACCUGCCUAUAUAUUCAUUGUGUUUUGGCCACAUCUUUGGAACUGGUCAAGCCCUCAUGAGGGUAUGGCCUCAUCCUUGGCCAUGGAUGACAAUAACAAUGAUACCGGCAUAACAACUCACCAGCAAUGGGAAGAAUAUACUAGCUCAAGCUGGCCAAUGGAUUGUCGUCUCGGAAUAACUUUUCUGUUGCUAGUUCUAAUGGCAAUGCCUGUCUAUAAUAUGGUAUUAUUUAUGAUUGGAAAGCGUCACAAUCGUGUAAUUGCAGACCAUGCGCUGCUUCUCUCAGCCAGUUAUGGAGAAGUCUCAUUAUCCAUGCCGUUAAGUCCACCGCCGCCGAAGCCUCCGUUGACUAUGGCUCCAAGACCUCCACCACGCCGCCGCCGACGACGUUGUGCUCCGCUACCACCUUCCGAGCAGCAGCAGGAGCCGGAGCAGCAGCAACCACAGAUUUUGGAUCCAUAUCAAAGGCUGCGUAAAAAUCUAAAACGUGCUCAUGAUGGAUUACAGAAGCCAUUACCACCUCCGCCAAUUCCUGCUCCAUUGGUCUGGUUGCCUUCAUCUAAUGAGGUAGUUACUCCUGACAUUGCCCUAAGAUCGCCACGAAAACGUUGGUUAAAGUCAAGGCCAAAAUGGUUGCGUUUGUUUUUAGAGCGCUUCAAGAGAGAUAAGACUCAGAGCCAUCAAUUAAAGGUCGGCGACAACAACAACGGCAACGGCAACGGCAGCAGCAGCAGCAGCAACAAGAACAACAAAAUAAUUUCCCAUCUAUGGGAAAAAUUGAAACCAAAUCGUACCGAUCGCAAGGCUUGUCAUCUAUAUGAUGAACACAUUGAUACAUUGUCGCCAUCAACUUCUAGUUCGGUUAGCUCUAGUUCCAGUUGUUUCUAUGUCUAAACCUUGUGAAAGCCAUUUUUGGAACAACCUCGCAUAUUCCUGGGAAACUCUAAUACCCAUUUUGGUAAUGGAUAUUCCGAUGAAAAUGCGUUGUCAUUCCAAUAUAUAAAUACCUACAUAUAAACAUCAUUAUAUUUCUUAACGAUUAAACAGUUUCGACCUUGAAA